AUGGGAUCGACGCGUUUGUCGGGCGCACACCUUUCUUCAGUGUUGGCCCCAUCUGAGAUCAUCAGAUCGCAGCCCCGUCUGCAACCCUCACCGCUACCACUCCAACCCAUUGAGAACUCGUCUUUCCAUCCGGCUUCCCGCUCGCACAGGCCAUCGCCGACGAAAGGCUUGCACCCCCAAGGCUCGCAUCCGGGCCACGGAAAACUCGGUUUCGUCCCCAUCUCUGCGCCCACUCCUCCCAUGUUUACCACCGACUCUCCAGCCAAGAAAGCGCCCUUCCCACUCUACUCACAAUCCUCGAUGCCACACUCGGCUCUCUUCACCACCUUCUCCAGUGUCAAUCCGGAAUCAUCAAAAGAAAACCGCCGCCCAGAAGAAUUGUCAAAUGACAGUUUCGCAGACUUCCCAGAACCGUCAUAUGAAUCAAAACUUCCGAUGAAGCGCACACUGAUGGAAGCCGCACCAUUGAAAGAACGCGCCAACAAGAAGCAAAAGCGCGAUGACACGCCGACUGCCUGUCUACCUGAACCGCACGAGAUGCCUCCAGUUGAAGAUGACGGCACCAAGCCGCCUUACAGCUACGCCACCUUGAUCGGCAUGUCGAUUUUGCGCGCGAACAACCGGCGCUUGACCCUCGCACAGAUCUACAAGUGGAUCUCAGAUACCUUUUCAUACUACAAGAAUAGCGACCCAGGUUGGCAAAACAGCAUCCGACACAACCUCAGUCUGAACAAGGCCUUUAUCAAGCAAGAGCGACCCAAGGAUGAUCCCGGUAAGGGCAACUACUGGGCGAUUGAGCCUGGGAUGGAAGCGCAAUUCCUCAAGGAUAAGCAAGUGCGCCGGGCCACCAUGUCAAGCCUUCCUCUUCCUUCGAUCCCCCAGCGCGACCUUGGUCUACCGCACUCCGCCAGCACUACCACAUGGAUGGUGCCACCUCCCCCUGCACAUCACGCGCCUGCACCCAAGCCGCCGCCAGUUGCGGAUUUGGACUCCGAUGCGACUCUGCCUGCGUCUGACCCGGCUCUCCAAGAUGAUGCAGAUGAUGUUGUUCCGGUUUCUACUGCACAUGCAGUCCCUCGCUCCUCACCCCCUCAAACUAUCCGCUCGUCUCCUCCCAUUGCUCCUCCUCGCUUUGCUCGUCAAGGCACUCCACCUACACCUACUCAAUCUGGCCCUACCCCCGCCCCUCGCCCGCGCAAGCGCAAGUCCAUCACGAUGAAUGAUAGUGGCUACUUCUCGUCCUUGGAAUCGUCGGCUAUGAGGCCAAACAAGGCCGGUCAUAUAUUGACCUCCGAUUUGGAUAUCGAGCCCCCGCGCAUCAAGCGAGGCCGUGCAGAAGAAGAGAUUGCGCGCAUGCGCAGUUCUUCUCAUGACAUCAGUCCUGGCCAGCCCACGACGCGCAAAAACCCCAACCACAUCAUUGGAUCUUCCCCCCUGCGCAGUCAAUACGUGAGCAUGCUGCCGCCUCCAUUGACUCCUGUGAUCAAGUUCAAGAAGCCUGCAAAGCCACCGCCAUCUGUGUCUCCCAACACCAACCUGCGAAACCACCGCCGUAAGAUCCAACAAAUGGUCAAUUCGCCUAUUAAGCAUCUGGGUCUUACGGAGCAGGAACUCCCUUGGAGCCCGGCGUUCAACUUGCAGGACGAAAGCUAUACCCCCAAUGAUCACUAUAAUACGACUUUUGAUGUGUUCGAGGACACUGGCGCAGACCAUAUCUCCUAUGGAUCACCAGCGAAGCGUUCAGUGAAGCGUGUCCGGACCGACAGCGGAAAUCCUGCUCUCGCUGACAUCACCUCUGUGAACAUCAAUAGUCGCCUUGGGAUACCUCCACUCCCCAGAUCCAAGUCUGCCAUAUUCCCAGAGUCGCCGUCCAAGCUCCCGGAAACCCACCGGUUUGGAGAUGCUGGCCAGGAAGAUUUCUUCUCUUUCCACCUCUUCGACGAGGGUAAUGACAGUUCUGGCGAAGUUGAUGGUGUUGAUCUGUUGCAAGGCUUCCAAAAGAUUGGAGGUGUAAGCAAAGAUGACACCCUGAAGCCCAAGUCGCUUCAUUCGCGGCCCCAAAUGGGCAACCGCAGCAGCACGACCUUGUUUUGA